AUGUUGCGGCUCGCCCGUGUGGCGCUUCGCCGGGACGCGCUUAAUGGCGGUAGUUCCAUGACGUUGGGCUCAAAGGGGAUGAAGUUGUCCCCAGACCCAAACCGCAGGCGUAUGCCAUGGACGGCUGCGAAGGAGUACGUCCCAGGUGUCGUACUCAACGCUAAGGAAAAGAUGGUAUUGGACGGUGUCCAGUUGGUGGAUGUGGAGAAUAUCGAUCGCACUUCCCAGGUGGACCCGCUGGAAGCGCUGCGGGCGACAGUAGCCACAUAUGAGUACAACGCGUCUACUGGUAAAAAUGUUUUCCAAUUGGCUUCACAAGUGGAGUUUAACGGCCGCGGGCAGCGAUUCUACCGGAAGGAAUGGCAGGAAGGAACGUACGACAAGUACGUCACCCUCUCCGCUAUCGAUUUCGACCGUAACGGGAAUAAGNCUACCGGAAGGAAUGGCAGGAAGGAACGUACGACAAGUACGUCACCCUCUCCGCUAUCGAUUUCGACCGUAACGGGAAUAAGGGAACCGCGUAUGGUUACAUAA